UAGGUUUAGGGAUUAUUUGUACCAUAAAUUAAAUACUCUUGCAUUGGUGAGACUUAGAAAUGUUCAACGGGCCGGGUUAGGGCCGGGCCGGGCUGAAAUUAAGGGUUGGGCCGGGCUGGGCCUAGUCUAACUUUAUUCUGGACCGGGCUUAACGGGCCCGGGCCAGACUGUAUUUUAUUCGGUCUAAAUUUUCUUCAAAUGGUAGUACUACUGAGACACUACUCGAUCGAUAUUCGACAAUCAUCAAUCAUGUAUUUCCAUAUAGCUCUAGAAAAAACUGUAGAGAUAGAGUCUCGUCACUUUGGUCAUCGUCUUCGAGACAACAUCAUCUCCAAACUCAUUAAAGACGUGGAGGGUACUUGCAGCGAACGUCAUGGAUUUGUGGUGGCAGUUACAGGAAUCGAGGAUAUUGGCAAAGGUUUAAUUAGGGAUAAUGGAACUGCCUUUGUCAUUUUCCCUGUCAAGUUUAAAUGUCUCGUCUUUCGUCCUUUUAAGGGUGAGACCGUUCAAGCUGUUGUUACUAUGGUUAACAAGAUGGGAUUCUUUGCCGAGGUUGGUCCUGUUCAAAUUUUCGUGUCUAAUCAUUUAAUACCCGAUGAUAUGGAAUUCCAAUCUGCAGACACACCCACUUAUUCUACUUCAGAUGGUUUGGUUAAGAUUAAGAAGGAUACUGAAGUUCGACUCAAAAUUAUUGGUACUCGGGUUGACACCAAAGAAAUCUUUUGCAUAGGCGCAAUGAAAGAAGAUUACAUGGGUGUGAUAUAGUAACCCUCACAUGACGCAAUGCAUGGAGCUCUUAAUUCAUGGAUGUACGGGUUGUUAGAUGUUUUAUACUAAACAGUAGUACUAAAUAGUGGAAGUGGAGCUAAACUCUUGACUUGGAAGGUAUAGUUCCUUUGGGAAUCAUAAAAAGUUCUCUUUUGAGAGACACCUCCAAGGACGAGUAAGACUUUUUCCCUUCAAGAGAGGGUUUAUGCCUGUUAUAAGCUUCCGUUUAUGUUUUUACGCUUUACAAGCUUACCUUUUAUCCUAAAAGAAAUAAAAAAUAUUAGAUUUA